GUCUAUUGUCCGAGGGCCUUUCCAGAUAAAAUUAUUUCCUUGUCACAAGUCCUUGAAUUUUCUUUCGCUUCAAUUAUUCAAAAUGACCAUGCCAGCCAUCACCCGCAAUAUCCUCGACGCCAUCGGAAACACACCCUGCGUCGAGCUCAACCACAUCGUUCCCGAUGGCUGCGCUCGUGUUUUUAUCAAGCUCGAGGGCCUGAAUCCCACAGGUUCUUACAAGGAUCGCAUGGCAAGAUCUAUUAUCGAGGAAGCAGAGCGCCGGGGCGACCUGAAGCCAGGCAUGACCGUUGUCGAAGCCACCGGCGGCAGCACUGGAUCCUCAAUCGCUUUUGUCUGCGCUAUCAAAGGAUACAACUUCACAGUCGUAUCUUCAGAUGCGUUUGCAGAGGAAAAGCUCAAGACAAUGUCUGCCUUCGGAGCCACCGUGGAUAUCGUCCACAGUCCGAGUGGGAAGAUCACACCCCAGUUGAUUCCUGCCAUGCGCGAGCGAGCCGAAAAGUUAUCCCACGGGGAAAGCUUUUACUACGCAGACCAAUUCAGCAAUUCCGAUGUCCUUGUUGGAUAUGGAAGCUUAGGCCGGGAACUUUUGGAUCAAAUCCCUGAAGGUAUUGAUGCCUUUUGUGGUGCAGUGGGUGGUGCAGGAAUGGCCAUGGGAGUGGCCAGAGUAUUAAAGCAAAAGCUGCCCGAUGUACGGGUCACUGUCUUGGAGCCUGCCUCUGCGCCUGUAAUCACUAAGGGUCACGGUGGCCAGCACGGAGUCGAAGGCAUUGGGAUUGGCUUUCUUCCACCCCUUUUGGAUAAGCAUCUGUACGACGAUGCUCUUGCAAUUGAUGAAGCUGAAGGCCGUGCCAUGGCGCGACGGUUGGCCAGGGAAGAGGGGAUUCUAGCUGGUAUUUCGACGGGCCUCAAUGUGGUGGCUGCACUUGAGAUAGCGAAACAACUUGGUCCUGGGAAGAUUGUAGCCACUGUUGCUUGUGACACUGGGUUGAAAUAUGUCCGGGGAGAUCUGUAUACGGGAAAGUGAGAAGAGCCUUUCUCAUCAUCCAUGUAGAAUAGAUUACCCUUCCUAUCCAGGUGAUUGAAGACCGAUUCUAGGUCAAUCCUUCUGCUCUAUCACUUCCAAUACAAAUUCAAGGGAGGCAACUGUCUCUAACCGAGCCGACGCUCCAGAAUUUGAGCGUAGGCCUCUAGAACCUUUCCAAUCAUCCGUACCACAUUCCAAACAGCCUUUCCACUCAGUAUUCGUGCCCAGAUCCUAACAACCUGAGUACACAAAUCAGGCCCAGAAGACCCAAUCUCACCCCCGG